AUGCAAGGCUGGCCGCGUCCGCUGCCGCUGGGCGAGGACAGCCACCUGAUGCCGGCUCUUCGCUCCGCCGCGCUUCGCCACUUCGCGCUCGGACCCGCAACGGCGCCCUUUCUCAUCAGCGCCGCCACGGAGGAGUUGCGAUUGUGCUCUCCUCCGCUCGGCCGCGGUUCGCGGAGGCCCAACUCGAUCUCGCGACGCAAGCCGGAACACCUGGGCGGCGCGCUGGUCAACAACGGCGUGUUCGUGUUCAUCAGCCACCACUGCGCGCACCUCACCUCGCUCACCAUCAAAAACAACACGUCGAUCAUCCACAACAGCAUCAAACUGGUCGUCAAGGGAUGCCCUCGCCUGGCCCGGCUGGAGCUCAUACGUUGCAACAAGCUAACGGCGGAGACGGUAACGGAGGUUCUGAAGCUGCCCGAGCUGACGGCUCUCGCACUGCGGGCCAUGCCCUGCCUCCGCUCGGGCGGACUCAAGGCGCUGACGGCCGCCGUGCCGUCCAUCAUCACCCACCUCGACCUCAGCAAAAACGUUGACUUGCCCAAGGAUGACCUCCUCGCUCUGUUCGAUGCCCACACUCAACUCGCCUCCGUGUCACUCGAAAACAUGUUGUGCUUUAGGAGCUGCAACACCAGCCUCCGGGAACUGCGAUUGAAAGGCAACCACCGACUUAACAGCCCCCAACUCUGGGCCGCAAUCUCCACUUGCCCCAACCUCGAAGUCCUCGAGAUGGCGCAACAAGGUGAAGAGGUAUUGUCCGCGUGCACGAGGCUCCGCUCGCUUGUCCUGCGCGUUCGCGGGCUGAGCGACGUACACGUGGACCUGCUCUUCCAUCUGACCAACCUCACCUCGCUCGACUUCGGUCCUCCCUAUGACGGCCGAAAGGUGACCCACCGCAAAUUGAGGGUGGAGAAGGAGCGAUUUGUGUGGUUGCUGGCGGGACCCAUCGGACGACAGCUCACCCACCUGGCGCUGCCGGGCAUCACCCAGGCCGAGGACCCCGACUGCUGGUACGCCUACACCGAACAAGCCAAGCGGCCGUGGGCGUGCCGUGAGCUGGGUAAAUUGGUAGUGGACCGGGGCUAUGGCCUGACCGACGUCGCAGUGGAGAGGAUCGUCGAGCAAUUGAACACGCGCCUGUGGCACCUCGAGCUCCGCGGCCCCCUGCCCAAGAUCACCGGGCCUGCCUUCCCGAAACUGCGAGUGCUGAGGGUGGACGGGCACAGUGGGCUGGCGGACGCGCAAUCAAUCGGGUUUCUCCGAGAUAAGCAGAGCCUGGACAAGCUCAGCUGCGAGUUUUAUGGGUGGUUCGAGCCCAUCCUGAUGAACCCCGAAGACAAUGACGAUGGCGGGCUCGUAAUGUACUGA